UUUGGCGAAAUGUCGGCGCCAGCAUCUACUCCCUGUGGUUCCAAGAGCGCGCGAGGCACCUACAGUGGUGUUGACAGGCUCAGCAGCCUUCCCAGUGAGCUGCUCCACCGCGUGAUGUCCUUCCUGCCCAUGCCGGAGGCCGUGCGCACAAGUCUGCUCUCGCCGAGCUGGCGCUAUUUCUGGGCAUCUACGCCAUACAUCCGCAUCGACCACCACAACUUCAUGGAUGGCAACGAAAAGAUGGAGAAGUUCGGGGACCACCUGCUGCUCUUGCGCGACAGCACUGCUUCCUUGGAUGAAGCCCGGAUCAUUGACCACACGGUUGCUAGUACCACAUGUACUGUGUGGAUUCGUCAUGUCAUCAUGCACAAAGUUCGUCACCUCCAUGUUUCCGGAUUGGGCCAUCUGGAUAGCUCAGCCAUGCCUCCUUCUAACCACCUCAAAACAAUCAGGCUCCAAUUUGUCAUAUUGGGACAUGGGCUCUUUAGGCCGCUCAACUACGACUGCCGAGUGCUUCAACUUCUACAGCUGGAGGAUUGCGUUUUGGUUGACCUGAAGGAGAUCUCAUCCAGGUCACUCAAGGUUCUGCAUAUCAUUAACUGCCUUAUCACCGGGAGUCUCCUGAUUUGUGCUAGCAAUCUUACCCAUCUCUCUAUCCUAGACAUGCAUAGUCAUUCCGGAGCUAUAUUAGUUAGGGAUCUGUCUUCUCUAGUAGCAGGCUUUGUUAGUGUAAGGACAAUAGAGGGCCAUGGUCUACUUGAUGGCCUCUCACAGGCCACAAACUUGGAGUUGCAUGCACCAUUACUUGAGAGAGGUUUGUGGAUAUGCCCAAUGUUCAGCAACCUGACAAGCCUAGUGCUGGGCAAUUGGUGCAUGGCUGCUGAUUUCGACGCGCUGCUUCGCAUUCUCCAGCGCUCGCCCAAGCUGAAGGAGUUGACCUUUAAGCUCGAAAGGGUGCAAUGUAUAAGGUGCAUGCAUUCUGGAUCUACUUUGCCACCAUCAGGAGCAGCGUUAAGCUUGGGCUCCCACCCUUGCAUUGAGAGGAUCAAGAUCUGCUGCUCGAAAGAAGAUCCAAGUGUCGGCGUGCUGGUGGAGGCGUUGCAACCGAUUGUUGGUGAUGUGAAAAUCAGCAUCAAGCAUCUCUAUUAAUCAAGACAUUGUUUUGUUUUGGGCACCUGCCACCUUAGACCAGUGCUAAGUUAAUGUGCUAAGAUGAAGUGUUCCUGAGGUAAACUUUCAGUAAACCAGAAUAGUCAGUUGACUCCGGCCUACGGCCGCGGAGGAGGCUGGGUCAAGCUCCCUGCUCCUGUAUCUCUCGGAAUGGAUUGGGUAAUUAAUCUGUAAUUUAG